AUGUCGUCCAUGAGAUUCCUUAGACAAGCGGCCCGCUCUGCACGGACAUUCUCUACGACUUCUGUUGCUCGUAAAGACCUUGUACAGGACCUCUAUGUCAAGCAGCUAAAAGCUUAUAAGGCCCCUGCUGCCGCAAAAGACGCACACGUUGGCGUUGUCAAGACUUUUUCACUACCCGUCGUUCCAAAACCUCCCACUCUUCCCGCCGACCUCGCGGCCGAACUGACCGCGUAUGACGCGACCGAGCCCACAAAAGCCGAUGUAGAGGUCACGAGCUCGAGUGCACAUGCAGGAGAGGAUGUAGGCAAGGGUGCGGAUGCAUUCCUUGGAUUCUUGGAGGCAGACGUGAAGCAGGCAGAGGCUCACCAUUGA